AUGUAUUCAUUCAUUGACAGCAGCCGUUCUAAAUACAUGAUUCAACCUCAGCUGAGAAGUGGACAGACAAGUAAUUGGAUUGAGGUGACCAUGCACAUUGAUAGCGUAUCAGAGGCUAAUUGCUUGAGAAUGGAAGAUUUUAUAAAGAUUCAAAAUCGACCAGACUUGAAGAAAACUCGUGCCAUUUUGAAAGCGUACAAUGGAGAACGUGUGUUUUCCAAAGGUGAAAUCUACCUUGACAUCCAGAUUGGUGGAAAAAUAACCAGAGCAAAAUUCUUAGUGAUUGAUGAUGCUCCAAGUUCACUGUUAUCAGGAAAAAUGUGUGAGGAGUUGGAACUCUUGUCUAUUAAAAGAGGAUUAUUCGUCAACUCAGUUUCCAACGUGAAAGGGUUGACCAAGGAUGACAUUUUACAAGAACACAACGAUGUAUUCACUGGGUUAUGGUACAUUGGAAAUUACAAGAUUGAACUAACAGAUAGGAGCAGUACCGAAACAAGAUGCGCCUAG